AUGGCUAAAAAAUAUUCCAAUGAUGAUGAUAAUGAUUUCCAACAUAACCAACGUUUUUGCGACAUGGCUGGGGAACCUUGCCGAAUGUUAUUACCUAUUCAAGGUUAUGAAAAAAAACCUCUUGUCUCACUCGAAGAUGCAGUUGAACCAUUAGUUCAAUUCGUACCCGAUGUAAAGCGAAUGGCAUACGUAGCUAAAAUGAAAUGUGACAAUCCGCCUGCUGAUCAUCUUUCAAAAGAUGAAUCAGCUUCUAUCAUUCUUUAUUCAAUGGAAUGGGAGCCACAGGAAGAGUGUCUUUAUUAUGUAUUAAACGCAACUCUUCGUGCUGAAAAUCGGAAAAAAUUAGUUCCAUGGUUUCUUUACUUGAAAUUAAUUCUUACGGCUUUAUCAAAACUUCCACCAUUACAGCGUACUGUUUAUCGAGGAAUCAAAUCAGAUAUGCGCAAUUAUUAUAAGAAAGGAGAAACAGUUAUUUGGUGGGGAUUCAGUUCUUGCACAACAACUCAGGACGUUUUGGAGAAUGAUCAAUACUUGGGUUCGACAGGUACAAGAACUUUUUUUACCAUUGAAUGCAUCCAUGGUAAAGAUAUUCAACAACAUUCAUCAUUCAGAACUGAAGAUGAAGUUCUUCUUCUACCUGGUCGGCAAUUUAAAGUUGUUUCAUGUCUGAAUCAAUCCGGUGGUCUUUAUAUGAUACAACUUAGAGAAAUUGAACCACCAUAUUCUCUUCUUGAACCUGUGUCAACAGAUGCUUCAAAAACAUCGAAAACUGCUAUAGGAAAAGAAAUUCAAUCACCAUAUUCUCUGCUUAAACCUGUAUCAAAAGUUGUUCCAAAAAUAUCGAAAGCUAGUACAACCAAUCCUUCACCAAUUAUCGCACCGAUGGACAGGAUAUGCAAUGAAGCUAAUCCAACAAUAUUUAUGGCCACAAUAGAUGACAAUCUAUUCUUAGACAAACAAUGGCUUAAUCUUCAAUAUCAUACAGCUGAUAGAAUCAAGAAGCCUGCUGAACUUGAGCAUCAAAUGGAAUCUCCACCUGAAUUAGCUGAUGAAAAACAGCUGGAUCGUAUUAAAGGAUCUUUGAUUGGAAUGGCUUUAGGUGAUGCAGUUGGUGCGCAUGUCGAAUAUCGUCCUUACGAAUAUUUAGAACAAAAUCCAGUUAAAGAUCUCGUAGGAGGAGGUACAUGGGGUUUAAUAAAAGGGCAGUUCACGGAUGACACUUCGAUGGCUCUUUGUCUGGCUAUGUCAUUAUUGGCUCGUCAUGAUUUUGUACCAUAUGAUCAGUUAGUUCGUUAUAAAUGGUGGCAUCAAUAUGGAUAUAUGUCAUCGACUGGAAGUUGUUUUGAUAUUGAUGCAGCCACAAGCCAAUCCUUAGAAGAAUUUAGUAGACGUCAGAAAUCAUUUGCAAAAAACCAUAAAAUUCCUGUCGAAAGAUUGGACUUUCUCUCGGAUGCUAGGCUUCUUGAAGACUUUAAAGUAUAUUGUAGUCCAAAGGGUGUUGCAGGUAAUGGUGCUCUCAUGCGUCUAGCACCUGUUCCACUUUUUUUCUAUGGAAGUCCAGAGAUAGCUGUAGAACUUUCAGGUAUUAGUGGACAGAUUACUGACGGUGAUACGAAAGCUUAUGAUGCAUGUCGUUAUUAUGGAGCUCUGAUUUGUGCUGCUCUUAACGAUUAUGAGAAAAGUGACCUUCUUGACAAAGGUUUUUACAAAAAACAUAAGCAUUGGUUCGGCAACAUUUCACUUUGUGAUGAAAUUAAGAAAAUUGCCGAAGGAUCUUAUCAGAAAGAAGGUGGCUAUCAGGAUGGUAUACGAGGAAAAGGUUAUAUAGUUAAUGCUCUUGAAGCUGCUUUGUGGGCAUUUUGGUCGGAUGAGAACUCGUUUGAGAAAGGUGUACUUGCUGCUGUAAAUUUGGGAGAUGAUACCGAUACAACCGCUGCUAUUUAUGGUCAAUUAGCUGGUGCAUAUUAUGGAUAUAAAGAACUACCUAAGAAAUGGAUAAAACAUGUGUACGCAAAGCAGUUUAUCUUAAAUGUGAGUGAAUGGAUAGCAUAUGAAGGAAAGAAAUGGAGUGAAACGAAAAGAUCUAGUUCAAGUUAUUAG